AUGGUGCCCCGCCGGUUCAGUCGUCGCCUGAUUGCAGUUGCAACCGCCAUCGCAUUCUUCUUCCUCUACAACAUCGGCUUUCUCUCCAAUAACAAUCGACAAUGGCGCCCUCACUUCACAACAACGACAGAAGUCCCCCCGACCCUCGAAGAAAACGGUGAACCAGCCCCAUUCUGUCCACCCCUACCAGGCAUCGAAGAUGUGCUCGUGGUAAUGAAAACCGGAGUGACGGAAUCGCGCGAGAAAGUCCCCAUCCACUUCAAAACAACAUUACGAUGCAUCCCCCACUAUGUAAUCUACUCCGACUUUGCAGAAGAAAUCGAAGGCGUCCAAAUCCACGAUGUCCUCGCAAACAUGGACAGCGCCGCAAAGAAGAACCCGGACUUCGACUUCUACCACCGAAUCGUGAAAUACGGCCGAAAGGGUCUGGAGCAACAUGAUUUCUCGGACGAAGCAAACUCCGCCAUCGGAAAACCGAACAAUCCAGGCUGGAAACUCGAUAAAUGGAAGUUCCUCCCAAUGGCACAGGAAGCGCUACGAUACAAGCCAGACGCGAAGUGGUUCAUCUUCGUCGAAGCGGACACGUACAUCUCUUGGCCAACGGUCCUAACCUGGCUGGCCCGGUUCGACCACACAAAACCACAAUAUCUCGGCACGGAGACUCAGAUCGCAGACGUUAUCUUCGCCCACGGUGGUUCGGGCUUCAUGCUCUCGAACCCUGCUCUACAGCGCGCCUCCGACGAAUACACCACCCGCGAGGUCGAGCUGAACAACUUCACAGACGAGCACUGGGCCGGCGACUGCGUGCUGGGCAAGGUCCUCAGCCACAUCGGUGUCAACCUACACUUUACAUGGCCGAUCCUUCAAAACUCCAAUAUCGGCGAAUUGGACGAGUUCACUACAGAUUUCUACCGGAAACCAUGGUGUUUCAUCGCCGUAGGCCUCCACCACCUCUCGCCAAGUGAUAUCGAGAACCUAUGGAAAUUCGAACAAAAGCGCUGGCGUGAUAAAAACAAACGAAUCCUCCUGCACGGCGACCUCUUCCGCGAAUUCAUCUCCCCAGAAAUCUCCACACAACCCAUACGACCAAACUGGAACAACAUGGCCGGCGAAGAGCAGCCCUUCGCACAUAAUUUCGAAGACUGCCGCUUAAUCUGCGAGACGCAGAAAACAUGUGUGCAAUUCGCCUUCCGGGAAGGUAAAUGCUUCACGAGUCUCAACCCGCGUCUCGGACAUGCGGUUCCGAGUGGCGAUGCGACGUCAGGUUGGAUUACUACUCGGAUUCGUGAUAUGACGGAGAAGAAGGGGUUGUGUAGGAAGCCUGAUUUCGGGGAUUAA